CGAAUGGUUCGGUUAGCUCCACACCGUAACCCGUGACCGCAUGGUAAAAUAAAUGUACGAAAUAUUUUUUAUAAAACAAAAUAUUAUUUAACGAGGUAAAAGAUACCUCGUUAUCACAGUCUAAUAAAAAUUAUUAGACUGUGUCGUUUCCGUGAACAUGUUACCAUGGAUGAAUAGAAUAGGUGUUACUCGUUACACGGAGCCAAAAGUGUCUUACAUCGUGGUGAGUGUCUUACAGCAUGCCGUGGCCAACACUUACGAACGAAUCAAAACGAUUGCCAACUUUACAAUGUUUGUGUGUUACAAUGUGUACCUCGUCAGCUGGUUGUCAGAACCCGACCACCACAUGCCAGGUACAAUUAUAAUAAUAUCUGGGUGCUCCUUUUGACAGCAAUCAAUCUGAAAUAGAACUGGAAGCGGCGGAAAGUGUGGCAAGAAAUAGUGAAGAUCUGCGAGUGCGUAUCAAUUUACCGUUUUAAAAAUGCCUGUUCAAAGGCUUUUAGAUAUCAACCCGGAUAAAUUAUUCGAACAACAUACCAUAUCAGAAAUACAAGACAUUAAUAAAAAGUUACAAGCUGAAAUUGAAAGGAAAAGAGAAGAACUCAGAACUAUGGUUGGUGAACGAUAUAGAGAUAUGAUUGAGGCAGCUGAUACUAUCAGAGACAUGCAAACAACAGCUGAAAGUGUGAUAACCCAUAUUGAUAGAAUGAGAGAAAAAUGUUGUGAAUUGCAACAGAAGCACUUAUUAGGAUUUAAAUUGGACAUGCAACAUAUUAAAACAGAGAGAUUUUCAAAACACAAAGCACAUCAUUCUCUAGCCAUUCAAAUUAAAAUACUAACUAUUCUACCAGAGGAAAUUUGGAGUGCUGAGGCAAGCAAUUGCUUAUGUUCUAUAGUUUUGCUUGAAGGCUUGACACCUCUAGAAUUACUAAACAAAAUAUUGUCUCUUCGAACCCAGGCAUUAAAGUCAACUCUGUUGUCAGAUCAACAUGUUAGUGUCAAAACUCGAAUAUGCAAUAGUCUGAGACUUCUGGUACAUACAAUAUCAAUGCUCUACGCUUGCUUUGUUGAUGGCUGCCCUGAAGCAACAUUACCAGAAGGCAUGGUGUGGAAACAGCUUAAAAAUAUAGUUGGUAGAGAUGCUCCAUCUUCUAUGACCCUAAUAGACAUAGAAGAUGAAGUUGGUAUUAAAUUUUUACCUCCACAUGUUCGAGAAUAUAGACCUUCUACUCAAGAUCAAGUAGAACCUGUAGCCCCAAGUGCUAUGAGAGAGAGUCUGAACAAAUGGUUGGACUGGGUCCAAGAGUUCACUCGUUCUCAAGCAAAGAAGUUACUUCAGCUUGUAAAUUCACUAAAGAGUCUUCAGUCUAUUAGAGCUGAAGCAAAUUCUAAUGUCAAAAUUCCUGAAAACUGGGACAACAUGUGUCAAAAAUUGCUAAUUCCGAAAGGAUUAGACUUGUGGAAUAAUUAUUUUCAACCUUUGUUGACUGCAAGAGCCAAAGAAUUAGUUUCAAUCCAGUGGAAUUCAGCAUUGGAUGAUUCAUGUUUUCUAACUCUGAAAUCAUCAGUUGCAGAUAUAACAUCAGAGAGGUGUAUUCAGCCAGAACAUGAUCUUCGCUGGUUUAUUUGGAAAGAGCAGGCUAGUGACUUACCUCAAAGUGAUGGCAAUGGUGGUUUCAAACCUACAGCAAGGGGUCUUUUAAUGAAGGCGAAAGGUUAUUCCCCUUGCAUUGAAAAGUUGUGUGCAAAAUUUGAUUCUUUACUUCAAGCCAUUUUAAAUGAUGUUUACUAUUAUGUUGGUGGAAAACAAGACAGUACUAUAAUUCUAAAGUCAGAGAAAUUUUCUGAUUCAGAUGAUUUACAAGAGCAUCUUAAAAUAGCUAGUGGACAAGGUUUACAGAGGUUAAUGGACUUCGUUCUCUCUGUUUGCAAUGAAGUAAAUGAUGAGCCUAUGAAAAAGGAAGCCUGUCUCUUGCUUAUGGCUCGAUUUCUUCAAGGUCUAUGUGAUUUAUGUCCAAAUCUGCAAAAAUGUCUGGCUCCAAAUAAUCCCCAUAAAGAAGGAAGCAUUUGGCAAACAGUGUGUGCACUUCUUAGACAAAAGAGUGUGGAGAUUUGGCGAAUGUGGCAAGCUGCUGUUACUUCUAAAUUCAAAGAUAUGAUUGCCACAAAUUUGACACAUGGGAUGUGGGAUGUAACAAGUAUUGAAGAAGAAGGAGAGGAAGGUUAUAGAGUAAAAUCUGACAUUAGAGUCCCAUCUCAACCAAGCCUACCCCUUCAGAGUUUGCUGAAUCUCGUGUGUCAUAAAUUAAAUGCUGUUGCCCCACACACAUUACCAAGGAAAAUUCAUCAAGAUUUAAUUGAACAGUUAGUUUCUGACAUAUUUGAAUCAUAUGAUUCUGCUAGUCAGAAGGAUGGACUGGGUCAGCCUCAGGCAUUGCAAUAUCUCCUGGAUGCUUUGGUUGGUAGAUGCCAAGAAAUUUGUGAUAAGUUCGAAGAUAAAAUUGAUCCUUUCGACUUGGAUGUAUUUUGUCCAUACAUUCAGAACAACAUAAAAAGAAGUGUUCAAAGAACACAGGGUCUAUUAGGGAUACUCAUUGCAUGGCCUGACAAGUUGGCUGUGGUAUCUGGUUUACGUCCACCAUCAACCCACACUGUGGAAGAUCCUAGUGUUUUGCCAUUGUGCAGUAAUGCUCCAUGGUUCCCCUUGCUACCUGUGACUGGCCCUCCUGGCAGCAGGUUGCCUCCUGCCACACAGCCACAAACCAUUGAAAGACCUCAAUUGAAGAAGACAUCAAAUGUGAAGACUAAAGUGGAUCCAACACCCGGAGACAUUGUACGAUCAGGAGCUGCUGCUCUUUUUGGUGUAAUGAGUUCAGAUUGGUUUGGAUCAGGAUCGUGAAAACAUUGUGAAAGAAACUGAGUCAGUGAUUUGGUACAUUUGCAAACAGAAGAAUCCAAUAGAAAAUCAUUUGGAGUCAAUUAAAUGUUUUUCUACGAAAGUCUUGUGUCAUGGUUUGUUGAAGUGUGGAUUUUCUAAUUUGUCUACAUAAAAUCAAUUCAAUGUUUGACAAUUAAUACUCUCAUGAUUAUGUUUGUGAAAUGAGAGGACUUCCCAUAUUUUAAAUUCAUUCAGAGAAGAUGCAUUAUUACCAUACCUGACAAUAUUAUUUUAAACAUUACAAAUUAUUGAAAAUUAAUGUAUAUUGUCAAGAACAUUCCAAAUAAAUAUUAAAAUAUAAUAAAUUAUAGAAUCAUAUUUUCUGAGUGUCAAAACCAAGAAAUUCACUUUUCUGGUUGAAAAUGACAUUGUAAAAUUAGUCAUAAUUAUCUAAACAUAGUGCUAAUUUAUUAACAUAUCUCACUUCUUCUAUUAUUUAAAUAUUCAGAAUUUUAAAAUCCAUCAUUUUGACAAGAUGAAAUGAGGUGAAAAUUCUUUACUGUGAAUACAUAAUUUGUUUUGGGGAACUCGUUUUCAUUUUCAUCAAUUUUCCUUGAAUUUACUUUUAAGAGAAAUGUAUCAAUAAUUGAUUUAUGUGCGUUACUUUGAGGUGAUGUAAAUUUAUGAAAUUUCACGUUUUAGAAUUGAUGUUCGUCGAAUCUUUUAGAAAAGAAAAAAAAAUUUGUGAAACAAUUAUUCUUUUUCCAAGUACACUGUUUAUAUAAUUUUGUUUUUAGCUGUAAAUAAAGAUUGUUAUAUUCUUAAAUUGUAAGAGAGAUUGUUAGUAUAA